UUGAGCAAAAUUAUUCUUGCUAACUGUGCAUAUGAAAAUGGAACGCACUCUCUUUUGUACAGGUUCGAUGUAAGGAUGAACAGAAAAUACUGCUAAUGAUCCACAUUGAGCCUAGCCGUCUAACAUUUUCAUCCCGCCUUCUCAUAUCUAAUUGAGCUAAUUACCCCUUUUCAGAGUGUUACAGUAGCCUUUUAUAUCAUGUUAAUGGCUUUAUUACUAGUGAUGAACUAAUAUCGCCUCCGGUUUUAAUGCUGAAGCUGGUCAAAGUAGAGGAAAUUUUAAAUUCUUUAUAAGAUUAUCACAUAUUCCAUUCAAAUUUUAAUCUACAAAGUAACUAGGCCUAUGCUUAUCACGUAAAGGCAAUGUAGCAAAAACCACUACAUAUCCCAGUAGUAGGCUAAAGUAGCAUACAAGGAAAAUACAGUCGCAACAGGGAAGUCCUUAUACUUCUCACGACUAGCUACUAAAUAAUUUUAUUUUAAUUACAUUUUUAAUCACUUUCAUGGCACAGUAUGACACACAAGGUAUUUAUAUUGUCCAUGGACACUUCGACAUGUGGACUGCAGAGAAAUGGCCGAAAUAAUAAAAUAGCUGUACUUCCUAAAGUCAGUGUGUAGCCUAUUGAUAGUUACAUAGGAUAUAUCUAAACAAUAAACUCUGAAAUAACUUGCAUUAGGCUUUCAAAGUGUAAUAAAUAGUUGGUCGAAUAGCGGAAAGGCGGCGUGAUAAUCGCUUCGCGUAGUCAUGUCUCCCCUCGGCCACCGUAGUGAACGCAGGGCUUGCAGAGAACAUGUUGAAGGUGACAACCAGUGCAGUGCUGGGGGCUUUUAGUCUGCUGCCGACCACCGUCCUUGCCGCCAACGGUGACGGGGAAAAGGAGGCAGCCGCUUCUCUAAACCGGGACGAACUGUCUCUGUAUAGCGCACCUCAGCAGAAGUUUCGGUAUGAGGACUCUGAAGCGGGUCAGUUGGAGCAGCGUGUCGCCACCCUCAGGAAGUCAGCAGAGCCAUACACAGAUUGGUUCCAGGGAACCUUUGACAAAAUUAAACCCCAAGUUGAGAGUGUCGUCAAGUUUGGGAAUGACACCUACGCCUACUUGAGGAACCCUCCGAAGGACUUCUAUCCUCGGGCAGGGGUCAUCGCCUUUACGGGUGUCCUGGGACUGUUUCUUGCCAGAGGCUCCAGGAUUAAAAAGCUCAUCUACCCGACUGGUCUGGUGACUAUGAGUGCCUCCCUCUACUACCCGGAGCAGGCUGCCGCCAUCGCAAAGUCAGCCGGGGACUCCGUGUACGACUACGCGGUGCAGAGCUACGCUGCGGUGGAGAACAUACUGAAGCCCCAUAGCAAAGCUGAGAAGGACACCAACUCGGGAAACAAACCCUGAUGAUCCCAGAGUGGCUUUGCAACAAUUCGGAAAUAAGUUAUUAUACAGAAUCUAUUUCCUGGUACUUCAGACUGACAUGCUGCAUAAACCAGCUUCAGUCUGGUUGAUUCUGCCAUGCCCAUUUUCUGACUAAGCUUCACAUAUAACUCAGGCUGGGCAUGGCCUGUCAAAGGGGGUUUGCAACUUGAAUGAUUCACUUCUACUUCUGAUGUGAAUAUUUAUGUACAGAAUUAAUUAAAAAACUUGCGCUGCAUUUAAUUGUAAGAUUGCUGCCUUAAUUCUGCAUUGGAUGCUGUCAGAAUCGUGUAUUGUACAAUAAAAUAAAUCAACUAGAUCUGAAACAAAACAAAAACAAAA